CAAUUAAGAAAUUGGCUAUAAAUAAGGCUCCAACUUCCCAAACCUUGACACCAUCACAACAAUCAAUCGCAGCGCCGAUUCUCCUUCAAAAACUUUUCCUAAGUCGUCACUUUUUACGAUGGCAGAAACGAAGAAGAUGAUCAUCCUUAAGAGCUCCGACGGUGAAUCCUUCGAGAUCGAGGAAGCCGUCGCUGUUAAGUCCCAGACGAUUAAGCACAUGAUUGAGGACGACUGUGCCGAUAACGGAAUUCCACUUCCCAAUGUCACCGGAGCCAUCCUCGCCAAGGUUAUUGAGUAUUGCAAGAAGCACGUUGAAGCCGCUGCUGAAGCUGGUGGAGACAAGGAUUUCUAUGGUUCCGCUGAGAACGACGAGCUUAAGAAUUGGGACAGCGAAUUCGUCAAAGUCGAUCAGCCUACUCUCUUCGAUCUCAUCUUGGCUGCGAACUAUUUGAACAUCGGUGGACUUCUUGACCUUACGUGCAAGGCCGUGGCUGAUCAGAUGAGAGGCAAAACUCCAGAGCAGAUGCGUGCACACUUCAACAUCAAGAACGAUUACACACCUGAGGAAGAGGCGGAGGUUCGCAAUGAGAACAAGUGGGCGUUCGAGUGAUUGGAUCGGAUCUGAAGGGUGUUUAGGAAUCUCUAGUCUUUCUAUUUAGAUGUGUUUAGCUUUCAAGAUUUCGGAUUGUUUUUUUUUUCUUUCUUUUUCUCUUCGAUUGGAGUUGUCCUUGUCGAUGAAAACCUAAUGCUUUGUUCUACUAACAACAUCUAUUGGUUUUUAUGAGAAAUAUUUGAGAGAAAGUGUUGGUCUUGCUUAAUCUUUUUGCUCUUUAUACAUGAAUGUGUUCUCUUUAGAUUAUCGUUAACGUUCGCUAUCGUUGUCGUCUUUGCUGGUUACAACGAAUGGACUUCUCACAUUGUACAUUCCGUUAGACCAUGUUAUAGAUCCAAACGCAUCGUCCUUGAGUAUUGUUGUAGUAGAUGAAAAGAUCACUUGGUAGCUGAGUUUAUCUCCUAUCUUCCUGAAGUGUAGCCUUCUUGGUAUAACUCUGACUAGUAAUCCUUCUGGUGCAUCGAUACUCACAGUGUAGACUGUAUCUUCAUCUCCAAUGAGGCGUGAUGCUACAUUUGUCACUGUUCUGCUUACCCUUCUGCUUUCUUUUCCAUUGAAGUUAGAAAUCGAGAUUGAUGGGUAGUUGAUGUUAGAUAUGUCUCCCCUGUUGCUUUGUUCAGGACAAGCAAAACCUUGUGGUAUGCGGUUUGAUAUCUUUUUGAUCUGAUCAGAUGUAAAUCCAUAGUAGCCGAGGAAGUUUAGGUAGUCCAUGUGAUUGGUUUCAUAAAUCAGUCCUGGUGAUGAAGGUCCAAAUAUAGUAACCUGCCCAGCACCAAAGUCA